CCUUGUUACCAUGGUUCUUGGGAGGGUUUUCUUAUCCCUGACAUUUGCUGUCCUUCCUGAACUGUUUUGAAUCUGCUUUGGAAGCUUAUUUCUCAUAAUUGGCGCUUAUAUCUAUGUGGAUGGUCUUCAUGACAUUAAGAUACAGAAGUGAUUGAAGAGUUUGACAAACCGGAAGUCAAUAUAUUUUAAGUAAACUGGCCUUUUAAAGGCUUAGUGGUAUUAAAAUAUGGAUGCCACACUGAGCAUUUGCUUUCUGUCAUCGUAGCUGGAAAAAGCAUGACAGCAUUUCGGCGGCAAGUAGAUGAAUAUCAUCCGUUGAUACCAGGAUACACAGGAUACAUCCCUCUCCGAUUCUAUCGUGUUGGAACUAGCUUUGGAAAUGAUUCUGUGUGGUGUGUGAAGACCUUUCGUGAUAUUACAGACAGAAAUAAUGACCAGGAAGCUGAACUGAGGCAUGUAGCAGCCACCACACCGCAGCUGCCACCUAUUUCCACUAACGAAGAAAUAUUAAAUAUACUUGAUGACUAUAAUUGCAAACAUCAUCCCAAUGUGAUGGGGCCUGUGGAGACCAAAAGAAGCCUCCUUGAACCACCAAUACCAGGCUGGGGUGGCUUUGUGCCUAGAUCCAGGGUCACAGAAUUUGGUCACGGAGUACGCUAUCAUGUGAUGGCAGAAAAUUGCUACCGAGAUUUUAAAAACUCGUUGGGUAGAGGCAAAGAAGAUCCUGCUGGGAAAGAUCCCAGGAAAGAAGUGCCUGUAACCAAAGAGUCACGACAACAGAGAUUCUAUAGGCCUGAAGGAAUGAUGCCCAAGUACACUGGCCAUAUCCCACAUGAACGCUCUGGCCUUGGAAGAACAUUUGGAAAUAUAUGCAGAAGUUGCUCUGUAUGCAAUCACACUGACGUGAACUAUGGUGCUUAUCUUAGUAAGAAACGCAAAAUGGAAAAAGGUCAAGAGCACAUCAAAGAACACAAGGAAACCUUAAUUGCAUAAUAUAUGAACUGUAUCAUUAGACGAUUAAAAUGAACAUUGAUGUCUGGAAUGGGGCUACUUAAAAACUUUCUCUCUGACCAAUCAUGUGUAAGUGUACAAGUAUUUAAAUGUAUGUAGUAUUUCUUAUCUGUUUGUAAAAGAGCUAUUGUGCUAGGAGAGGACCAUAACAUGACAUAUGCUGUAGACUGAGAAAUCACUUACAUCAGUUGAAGGAAAUGAAUGAUUUCAGGGGCAUCUUCGGUGAAGAAGAGGCUUUGAGGAUAUAUGGAGAAAAAGCAGUUAUCUUUGGGUUUAAGGAAGCAUAAAAACUAUAAGGUGUCAACACGUAAGGAAUUCAAGAGAUUUCAAACAUUGAAAUGACGUUCUGCAAAGAUGAGAUAGCCACCACUUCCAAAUAGAUUAGUUGAAGUUUUGAAAUAAAGAGUAAAAUGUUGAGAAUUGUUUUAAAAAUAAUUGACAAGAGUAUUGUCCCUGUUUUUCUGGUGGCAGCCAUGGUCACUGGAAACCAUGAGGAAAGAAAGUUACUUUCACAUACAAUGAAAUUUCAAUCUGUUUUAAAAGAGAACAAUUGUGAGUUUAAAGCAGAAGAUGAGAGGUGUUUGUUCGUUCAUUGUUUAACAGACAUUUCAGUGGGACUAAUUUUGCUCUUAAAAGUUCUCCAUAAUUGUAUUUAUAUUUAUUUAUUUAUGCUUAACAAAAAAGACACAGUGAAGUUACCUACACAGCCUAUUGUUCCAGAGUUACUGCAUUUUGAGAAAAAAAAUCUAUAUUUAAAGAAAUAGUUUAUUAUCCUGGUGUUGAAUUUUGUCAUAGACAAAGCACUUAUUGGGUGUUUUGCUAUUAAGGUAUAAAUAUUGAGCAGGGACUAUUUUUAAUAUAACUACUUUAAUAUUCGAGCAGUUUAUAUAAUAUUUUUUCCAUUUGAAAGUACUUUUCUGUGUUGAUAGAGAUCAAAUAAUUAUGUCA